AUGGCUUCCUUCCAACUCCUCGGCCAACGCGAAGAAGACGAACUCCACAAAACCCGCAUCCUCAACAUCGAAGAGAAACCCUUCAAGCGCAUCACCAAACGCCUCCUCGCCCCCGGCGCCCUCACUUCCACUCCCCUCUCUCUCCCCCCCACUCCUCCCCCCGACACCGUCUCCACCCCCGAAGCCGCAGCGGAGCAGGAAGCCACGCAGCAAAAACAGCUCGACGAGCGCCGCCAGUUCCAGGAAGACGUGCUCCUCGAUUUCGCCGCUUUCGACAGCAGUAUCGCCCGCUUCCAGUUCUUGCGGAACUCGAAUGAGCGAGAGCGCGAGCGCUAUGCGGCGGAGAAACUGAGGAUUCUGGAGGCGGCGCAGGAUGUUAAGUAUAAUACCGCUGAACUCAGGGUGAAGUUAGAGAGUGCGAGGGCGACGCUGGACCAGCGGAAGGGGUUUGAUAAGUUGGCGGAGAAGAUCACGAGUAACCGCAUGCUACGUACGAGGGAGGAGCAGGCCGCGAACUUGCUGAAACUAGAAGAAGAAUGCCGCGAGUUAGAGAGGGAGAGAGAACAGUACGGCGAGACCUGGGCUGAGAGACGCGAACAAUUCGGACGCAUCGUAGAAGAGGGCGUGAGGCUGCGAAGGCUAAUCAGAGACGAGAAAGAGGAAGUAGAACGCAGAGAGGGGAUGGGUGAUGCUGGCGAAGAAGAUAACGAAGUAGGCGAGGCAGGCAGCAGAGAUGGACAAACACCAAAACACGACGGUUUAAGCGGCGAAGCAACACCGAGACCGGAUGGUGCGUCGACACCUAGAGCGAGGGGUGCGAGCACGGAGGCGGAAAGUACGUAUAAGAGCUCGAAGCUGAAGCCGGUGUCGAAUAGUUACUCGAGGUCGAACAGUCGCGCGAGUAGUCGUGCGGGAAGUCGCGGAGGAAGUAGACCGGGGAGUCGUGCAGCUUCGCCCACUGGCUCGGAGAGGAGGGGACAGGUGGCUGAGGAGGGCGAUGCGGUCAUGGCAGAUGCGGCUGUUGACUCGCCUAUGGCGGAUGCGGAUAGUGCUGUUGAGGAAGGAGAGGAAGUGGAGAUUCCAAAGGCUACGGUGCAUGAGCCCAGUGCGUCAAGUAGUGGUGAGGAUAAGAUGGAUACCACUUGA